UGUAUUUAUGUAAUUUAUGUUUGUGUAAUUCUUCUCUUUCAAUUGUAAACACGGCACCAUCACACCCCUUGUGUCUUACUUUUUAUUCUCGUUGUUGUCUCACACACACACACACACACACACACACACACACACGCACACACACUCACACACACUGCACGAUAUUAUGGCGUCCAUAAUUUAAUGAGCUGCCCUAUGAUAAUAACAAGAGACAUCCAUCUAUUUUCAAUGCUACUUGUCCUCAGUAGGGUGACGGUUGUUCUGGAGCCCAUCCCAGUUAACUAGUCUGGGAAGAGGAGUGGUACAUCCUGGACUGGCUGCCAGCCAAUCACAGGUCACACAUAAACAAAGAACCCUUCUGGCGUGUUUAAACAAGCAAGCACAUUUUUGGAAUGUGAAAAGAAGCGGUAGUAGGCUGGUAAAGGCUACACCUUUAUGAUUACUUAGUUGAUAUUAAUAUUACAAUUUCUGGAAGUAGGGAGUAGUGAGGGUGUUCGUAGCACGAUAUGUCUGAUUUGACAAGAACAGUUUAUUUGGUUCUGAACAUAAAUGUGUCAUGGCCCCUGUGCUUCACAUUGGAAAAACACAGUCUUUAUCUCAUUUCCUUCCUGCCUUUGCUUUCCUUCCGCAGUAGCCUGCAGAGCUCUGAGUUUGCCGUGAGCCAGCCAACAUUUGAAGAUGAACUACAGCGCAGCGACAUGGCCUGCUUGAAUCUCCAGGUGCUUGUGACAUUAUCUCUUAUUUCUCUGUCCUCUAUCAGCAGAAGCUUUUGUAUGCUGCACGCUGGCACUUGUUGGCCUUUCUGUAUUGGGAGCAACUGCUUGGUUAUCAACCGAGACAAAGUGGAUUUUACAACAGCCAAAGAAAGAUGUCAAGCCAGCAAAGGAGGGCUCAUGACACUUCAGUCAGCAGAAGACAAGAGAUUAUUGGAUAUUGUGACACAAGAACUAAAUGGAAACUUCUGGCUUGGACUUUAUUUACCGCCAGAUGCCUGCACCAACCUCUCACUUCAUAUGAGAGGCUAUGAAUGGACCGCUGGUAAAGGGCACAGCAACUUUGUUCCCUCUCACAUCACCUGGAAAGAUGGAGUAAGUGUCUGUUCACCUAGCUGUGUCUCACUUUCAAAAGAGCAAAAGCUCAAAGAGCGGGCAUGCUCCGAUAUAAUCGACGGAUUCCUGUGCAGAACCUCCUACAGAAAUGCUUGCCAGACGCAAACGUUUUCAGAUGCAACAUUUUUUCCGAGUCUAAAGGGCUGCUCAGAUGGUCCGUGUGAACAAAAAUGCACUCCUGUCAAAGAUGGCUUCAAAUGCUCUUGUUUCCGUGGAUAUGCACCGGACAUCACGGAUCCCAGGCGGUGUAAAAUCCAUUGUGCACAGGAGAGAUGCCCCGCCAUCUGUGAGCAAAACACUGACAGUGCUUGCUUCUGCCCUGAUGGCUUCAUCAUCAAUGACAAAUUCUGCGAAGACAUUAAUGAGUGCUUCAUGAACGAAUGUGACCAAGAGUGUAUAAACACAUUUGGAAGUUUUGUCUGUGCUUGUAAAACAGGCUAUGUACUAAGACAUCAAGUGAAAUGUGUAAAAGCAGCCGAGGAACAUUUUGUUAUCACCACUCCCGCUGUCAGAGGUUACGCAAAGCCAAACAAUGACACAAUGAAAGGUUCCUCUCUUUCCGCGGGCACAUUUAUUUGGCUGUGGAUUUUAGUCGCUUUGGCUGUGUUUGCGGUUAUUUGCGUUGGACGAUUUUAUGUGAUUAAGCGCCAGAAGGACAGAGAGCAAAAUCACAAUCAAAUGCCAAUUACUCCAGUAGAAACUACUUAAUUUUACUCACACACACAUAGAUGAGGGACAUGUGAGUUUUUAUUUAUUCCGUGACUGGAGUAUGAAAUUAUUUAGCAAACCAAACUGUACACUUAAAGUAAAAUGAAAUUGUAACAAUUA